AUGUUUGACGAUCUACCUACCGAACUUUGGAUGACAAUAAUUGGUUACCUCUCAUCAUCAGAUGCACUUCUAGCCUUCGCUCAUACAAGUAAUCGUCUUAAUACAAUCGCUUGUCAACAUAUCGCUCGAUGUCUUACGUUUGCCAGCAACAUGUCGCUCGCUCGCUUUCGUCACUAUUUUCAAGUGGGACAUCCACGCGUUCGUCAUCUCGUCACUCGACUUCGCAUCGACGACUAUAUGCAUUUGAAUGAACUCGUCCUUAUUCUCCUCGCGAAUGAUCAGAACAAUAAUGACAUUCUAUUUCCUCGACUCAAACAAUUUGAUUUGUGGGGCUGUAGUGCGCUGUUUCAGUGUUAUAAAACAACUCUGGAAAUAAUCGAAAAAAUUAAGCUGCAAACGAAAAUUGCAAAUCUUUCUCGAAAUGAAUACGUUAACAUUCUGGUUAGUGUAGCUACACAUCAUCGUUUCAUUUUUCUAGUUAAUCCACCCCCAAUCGCGGAACGAGUUAAAACAUUCCAGACUACUAUUGACUCUUGGUUACGGGUAUUACCCAUCGAUCGACCCAUUAUGGUAUGGAGCUCACUGGUUCAGCUGACACUAUCGAUCAGUGAACGGACUAUUUUGUGGUUGCUGUUGGACACUUGUCCGAUGCCGUCGCUUAUUCUACUUGAUGUCACCUUCGAGUAUGAUGCUAAUCCUCGUUAUCCUGUGGAUAAACUGAUGGUCAUGAAUGGUGCAAGUAAUUUCGUCGAAUUGCGUACCCUUAGGCUAAAAAAUAGUCCGUUUAGUUUCAUUCAACAUUUACUUGACAGCUUUAACAUGUCUCGAAUCGAUACUGUUUCCUUUAUUAAUAUUUAUGACAAUGCUCAAGCAAAUUCUGGUGAACUAGAGCAUGACACAACCAAAGUCAGUCCCAGUGGAAGAUUUGGUCGCGUUUUUNUGCUCAAGCAAAUUCUGGUGAGUACGAAUGCAGUUAGUUAUUGUCAUAUUCUUCAUCUGGUACAUCCACGAUUGUGCUCAAACGACGCUUGGUCUCGGCUUAUCACCAGUCGAUUACCUCAUCUUCAUCAAUUCGAAUUGAAAGUGCUCAUCGAUCCAAUUCCUCUACCUGCUGCCAUUGAUCGUCUCAUUCAAUCAUUUUGCUUUGAUCCUGUUCUAAGCAGUUGGCCAGUGAGCGCUUUUAUCGACGAAAGAUUUAACCACAGUCGCGAUUUUGCACAUUUGAAAGAGGCUAGUCGACUUGUUCUGCACACUCUUCCCUAUCCAGGAAGGCGCGAUGUGAUGGACGAACUUUGGAAUUUUGAUAUUGUUUCAAAGCGAAGAGAGGCAUUGCGUACUGCUUCUCAUAUUGGUCGACAUAUCAACUGGUACGUCAACGAAACCAUCCAGUACGACGAAUCUUUCAAGCUCUUGUCGAAAUUAAUGACUCGUCGAGUUCGAUCAAUUCGUCUCGUCUAUUCGGCCGUGGACGAAAGCGAACCGAAGGAGAAACAACAAGAGAAUGGAAUUGGAUCCUUGCCAACUUUGUGUUGUGAUAUAGUGGAACUCAAAUUGAAAUUCGAUCGUACGCCGUCGGCAACUAAGAUCAAUCUCGUUGAGUGUCUAUUCGCUCAAUUGGCACCAUUCAUUCGAAAAUUGGAGCUUGACGCAGCUGAUAUUGAAGAUGGCCGAUGGUUAUUAUGGCAAGCAUUGCUUGCGCGACAACGCAUUACUCAUCUAGACAUUCGUUUUAAAUCCGCAUUGAACAAUGAUUUCUCACCUGUCAAACAAAUCUCGUCGACUUUUCCGUAUCUCACUCACCUUUCUGUAACGGGCAUUUAUAUGCAACCUGACUCACUCGUUCGAGUUGCCGUCGAACUACUCUGUCUCUGGCCUCACACCACUCACAUACAACGUCUUCGCCUUGGCUAUCUCUAUCCAAAAAAGAAUUAUUUUCAAUAUGAGAAUGUUAAGUACAUAAACACGGCCUUAUUGCGAUCAUUGGCUGUCUAUGAACCCUCAACACAGCUGUCUCAUCGUUUUCACCAGAACUCGUUAUUGAUUUGGCGGUGA